UUUUUUUUUGGUCUGUUUGUUUAAUUUUUGGGAGAGCUCCUGCGAUCUUGGAAAAGCCUCAGACGCCAUCUACAGUUAAAUCGUAGAUAACUACUCUCUCCGGCACCCCCCCCUCCUUCCACGCCCCCCACCCUUUCCACCAAAAAAGGGGGUGCAGCGCGGAUUCCGUCUGCCGAGCGGCGCGAGCCGGUGGACCCGAGCCGGUUUCCCUUUUCUCUCCGCCGGGCUCUGGCGCGUGGAGAGCGAGCCGCCGCCGUGCGCUCCCCGAAGGUCGCACCAACUGGAGCAGGGCUCCUGCGCCCCGUCUGCAAGUCUGAAGCCUGCGCGGGGAUCGCUCCGGGGGACCCGGCGCCGCAGCUCCCGCUUUAGCCACCCGCCUGGGCGUCCAGACCCACGUUGGAAAGAGAAGGGGAGAGAGAAACUAAAAGUGCGGCGAUUCUGCACAUCGCUGGCUGCUGUGGGGUAACAAAAGGACCCGAGCCGCUGCCGACCGACCGAGUACCCCCGGGAGCCGGGCUCGGAGCAGACCAGGUGCCCGGCGGCGCCCAUUUGGGGCUCCUCACUCUUUCUGCGCGCCCCCCNCCCCUCCCCUCGCGCCCUCCUUUUAAAAUCCGUGGCACCGACCGAGGCGCCUGCAGCCGCGCUCGCCAGCGACUCCUCGCUCCAGCGGGUUUUUUGUGUGUUGGUCGUGUGCGCUCCCCACACUCAUGAACAUACACAGGUCCACCCCCAUCACAAUAGCGAGAUAUGGGAGAUCGCGGAACAAAACCCAGGAUUUCGAAGAGUUGUCGUCUAUAAGGUCCGCCGAGCCCAGCCAGAGUUUCAGCCCGAACCUCGGCUCCCCGAGCCCGCCGGAGACUCCGAACUUGUCGCAUUGCGUUUCUUGCAUCGGGAAAUACUUAUUGUUGGAACCCCUGGAGGGAGACCACGUUUUUCGGGCGGUGCAUCUGCACAGCGGAGAGGAGCUGGUGUGCAAGGUGUUUGAUAUCAGCUGCUACCAGGAGUCCCUGGCCCCAUGCUUUUGCCUGUCUGCCCACAGCAACAUCAACCAAAUCACUGAGAUCAUCCUGGGGGAGACCAAAGCCUAUGUGUUCUUUGAGCGGAGCUAUGGGGACAUGCAUUCCUUUGUCCGCACGUGCAAGAAGCUGAGGGAGGAGGAGGCGGCCCGGCUCUUCUACCAGAUCGCCUCGGCCGUGGCCCACUGCCACGACGGGGGGCUGGUGCUGCGCGACCUCAAGCUGCGGAAGUUCAUCUUUAAGGACGAGGAGAGGACCCGGGUCAAGCUGGAAAGCCUGGAAGACGCCUACAUCCUGCGGGGGGACGACGACUCCCUGUCCGACAAGCACGGCUGCCCAGCGUACGUGAGCCCGGAGAUCUUGAACACCAGUGGCAGCUACUCCGGCAAAGCGGCCGACGUGUGGAGCCUGGGGGUGAUGCUGUACACCAUGCUGGUGGGGCGGUACCCUUUCCAUGACAUUGAGCCCAGCUCCCUCUUCAGCAAGAUCCGGCGCGGCCAGUUCAACAUUCCAGAGACCCUGUCGCCCAAGGCCAAGUGCCUCAUCCGGAGCAUCCUGCGGCGGGAGCCGUCCGAGCGGCUGACCUCGCAGGAGAUUCUGGGCCAUCCUUGGUUUUCCACGGAUUUCAGCGUCUCGAGUUCAGGAUAUGGUGCUAAGGAGGCGUCUGAUCAGCUGGUGCCGGAUGUCAACAUGGAAGAGAACUUGGACCCUUUCUUUAACUGAGCUCGUGCCCGCGCAGACUGAGCUGGCACCGGAGCGGCAGAGGGCAGCGGAAGGCAGUCCCUCCGGGCACCACGCGGCGCCUGGCUCGGUGGCAAGAAUGACACUGACACUCGCAGGUUUCUCGGUUCAAAGAAGGAAAACCUUCAAGGAGCGGACUGAACAUGUAGCAUGGGGGCCAGAGGUGUGGGGUGGGCGUCGGGCCCUGGGGUCGGGGUGGAGGGCCUCCUGGGGGGACCCCCUGGCGCUUCCCCUCCCUGGUGUAGCCCCGGAGGCCACCCCAUCCGUUGGUUCCGCCUCCCCCACUUUUCAUUUUGUUCAAAAAUAGUUGCAGAUCCUGACAGAAUGAAACUCUCUGCCUCAAACACACAUCUUGGCAUCGCACUGUUAGCAUUUAACUUCUUGUCACGAUUCAGGGAAGGUACAAUUGGCCAAGGGUCUUUUUUUUUCUUUUUCUUUGUAAACAAGCCAACCACCUAUCUGAUGAUUAACGUUCACUUCAAUCCAAUUCGGUGCACACAGACUGACCUGAACCCUGGGUGCUAAAUUAAAGAAAACGAAAGUCCAGUUUGUGUCUCUUAAUCGCUCUCUUCAACUCCUUUCUUCUAAAUAAACUAUUUAAUAUCCCGGUCAGGAAA